GGGUUGCGUGUGGAAAAUCGAUAUAGUGGCCCUUUAAACCGGCAGCCAUGUUUUGAUAAUCAAUUGAUGGACUUGUUGAGGUUGCGAAAAACUGAGCGUUGUUGCUCCUCUUGUGAUGAUGAAGAUGUCGGGAGGAAGAUAAUGGGGUGGCGGUCCGAAUUUCUGUUUCUGCAUCCAUCCUCUAGUAUUAUGUUUUAUCCGACUUCUGACGGCUGCAGUUGUGGUUUAACGUACAGAAAAGGAGGGAAACGCUCAGCGCCCGGAAAUAAAUAAAUAUAUCGACGGUAUUUGCAAGAGGCAGCAGCGUCUGGGUGGAGAUGGCGUUCAUGUCCCGUUUCUCCAGGUCUAGGAGCAGCUCAAGGAGUCCGAACAGGAAAGACUCGGAGCGCGUCUCGCCGAUCCUGUCCGUGUCCGAACUGGAGCGGCUACUGUACACGGGGAAAACCGCCUGUAACCACGCGGAUCAAGUGUGGCCGCGGCUCUACAUUGGCGACCAGGACAUUGCGUCGGACAGGCGCGAGCUGGCUAAACUGGGCAUCAGCCACAUCCUCAACUGUGCGCAGAGCAAGUGGCGCAGCGGUGCCGAGUACUACGCCGGCAUGAACAUCACCUACCAGGGCAUCGAGGCCCACGACUCCCCCUCCUUCGACAUGAGCGUCCACUUCUACCCCUCGGCUGAGUUCAUCCACAAGGCGCUGUGCGGCGGAGGCACGGUGCUGGUGCACUGCGCGGUGGGCGUGAGCCGCUCGGCCAGCCUGGUGCUGGCCUACCUGAUGAUCCGCCAGAACCUGACCCUGGUGGAGGCCAUCCGCACGGUGAAGGACCACCGCGGCGUCACCCCCAACCGGGGCUUCCUCCGGCAGCUCAGUGGCCUGGACGGCAUCCUGCGUGAGAGCCGCAGGACUUCGCCGUAGACCCCGGGGAACCCCCCCCCCCCACCCCCGCCACCGCCGCCACCCGUUUGUCUUCAUCGGGAUCCAAAAAGACAAUGUCAGACCCCCGAACCCUGGGACCCCCGAACCCUGGGACCCCCUCCGACCGCUGUACACUGGGAGCACCCUGGAUUUGGGGAUCCUUUGGUUUUAAGGAUCCCCAAUUUUGGUGUGUUUUGUGUUCCACUUUCUUGAACCCUUUCUGCGUGUUCUGCGCGCGACCUCUGCCCCACUACCGACUAGAUCCCGAUUCAUUUUGGGGUCCCGACCUUUUAAGUCAUUCUUCAGUCGGCAAUAUAUCGACACACGUUCUCAUCUUCUAAAAAACACAUGAAACAUGAGGUCGAAACAUAUUGGUAAUCUGAGCAAUUACAAAUAUUUUGUCCACAAACUAGGAGAAAACGUUUUUGUUAUCGUUUGUACGAUGUCAAAAACAUUUCAUGUUUGCUUUUUAUUGAUGAGUUCAAAUCGACUUUUAGAUUUACUUCAGGUAGCCCUCCAGAGGGCCAAUCAGAUGUCUCGGGGGGGCAUGUGCCACCCCAGGCCCCCUCCCUUGACAAGCCCCUGCCAAAGACCCCUCUGUCCUUCCUGGAAGAAAAGUCUCAGUCUCACCGAAGGCUGGUACAAGCCGACAGGUAAGAUCUUAUCUGCUCUGUUCUGCUUCCAGAACCAGGUUCCUUCAUCCCAAACCAUGCCAGGCGUUUGAAUUCCAUCUUGAUUCCAGAGAAGUGAGGUAGCAAAAGGUUGUGGUGUCGAAUGCAAUGGCAUGCAAUUCCCUUUACCUGUUAGUUAUGUCUCAGAGACGAUGCCUAUCUAGGAAUCUAACUCAAUGCGGUAAGAUACUAGCAAUUCAUCUAUUAAUUGGUGUAAGCAUUGGUGCAACUACAAAUACGUAAGUAUUCAAACAAGUGUAUAGGCUUCAACCCUUUCCUUUGGUUCAUAUGCUCACGUUUCAUUAUAACUUUCAGAGCUACAGAAUGGCUGUUAAUUCCAAAUGUGUACUUCACACUAAAAGACUUAAAAGUCAGGCGGUAUGGUACUGUUGGUAUCGUCACCAGUAUGGAUCAGUAUAGCUUUCACUUUAAUUUGACUCAUAAUCUGUCCACAAUACCUACUUAACUAAUUGUUUUACUGUUGCACGUUAAUUGUAUUUGUAUUUUUAUUUAUUCAUUCAUUUCACAUCCAUCCUUUACCUUUUCAGAAUUGGUGGAGGCAAACCUUGGGCUACUUAAUGCUUACAGGAGCCUCUAGUGGACAACGGUGAUCACUAGCACAUUAUUUUAGUACAUUAUACCAUUAUUCAGAUGACCCCAGAUCGUGUCUGUUUACAAGAACACCGUACAAUGACUGUUAGCCCUUUCAGAAAACAUUUGAAAGUGAUCAUGUAGUGUUUUACUAGCACAUCAAUAGUUUGAAGCAGAGCUACAGGUAAGAACGCUGCCACACAUUACCAGUAAAAAGCUACAAACUGCCUGGGUAACGGACCAAUCCUCAUGAUAAAGGAUAUAACUUCAGGUUUUACGGUUUGAUUAUGCUACAAAACGAGUCUUAAUAUUGUUAAAUGUUUUAUCUAGUUUGUGCAGAUAAUACUAAUAAUUCCAAGACAAUGAAAAUUUGAUUAUCUGAUGCUGAUGCGGUCCAAAUCAUGUUGAAAUUCUGUUUUAUUAAUGAAUAAUUAUGUCCACAACAAUGUUUGACCUUGGAUGGUUUUGUGGUCUGUGUUGUUUGAGUCCAGCUGUGUUACGGCGUUUAUCGCAUCUGGGUGACAAAUGUGCUGUUGAAGUGAUUUAUUUAUUUAAUUUUGUAAAAAAUGUAACUGACGGCAUUAAAGCUUGGAGAAAUAGAAUGAAUUCUCGAGGAAUUACUACGUAUAGUUUAGUAUCUUAUUAGCUGUCUACGCUGACAUUUUUCAACAUGGUGACUGAAAGUAUAUUUAAAAAGGCAUUAUUUGUUGUCCUUGAGCAUGAAUCCCAAUUUUGUUGUAGCUUUGAUAUCGAUGCAUAGGAAUCCAACUUUCUAUUCGUUUUCAGCCAAAAGCUAUGGAUUCCUAUUCAAAUCUGUCAUUUGAUGUGAUAGCUUGGUUGUAUUGGUCUGCACUUUUGUAUUUGUCUUUUUUAUACACUGAAUGGUUGCUCCCAAUUACUGUUUAUAUUCUUGUACUUUUAAUUUUCCUACAGACAAAACAUUUUAUUGGAUUUAUUUAUGGUCUUUUUUUUUAUUUUUCUACAACUCAGAGAUGAAUUUGAAAAGUUGCAUUGCAAUGGAAGUAUUUAUGCCUUAAUCCAUAUAUGUAUCUGUGAUUAUUUAUGUGGUGGUGUUCCUUGUCUUAUUUUAUUUUGCGCAAUGUUGACUAUUGAGAUUAUUGUUUUGAUAAAUUAUGUACUGUCCAAAAUUCCAAAAAUAAAUUAAUACAAAAGUCUUGUGAAA